UACGUCAUGAUAUUCUAUUGACAUAUAGACAUGAUUUACCAAUAACUAUUUCGUGUUUAGAUGAAAUUAAAACUGAACAGUCUUUAAUGAGUUUGGAUAAAAAUGAAUAUACACUUUUAUGGAAUCAAGCAUUUAUCUAUUAUCUUGUUAAUGUUCCUGAUACAGAUAUGAAUAGAUUGAAACAAAAUAUGAUAGAACAAUGUCAACUAGAAUAUUCAAAUAAUCAAAUUCAAUUAAAUUAUAUUAAUAAAUUCGAUAAGGAGUGUACAUCCGAUAAUGUAUUAAAUUGGUAUACACAAGAUUCAUUUGUCUAUCGACUUAUAAAUAGAGCAUUUCGUAAGCGAAAUAUUGAUUUAAUUUGCAAAUUUCGAUAUUUUAUCAUACUCUUAUAUAAAAAACUAAAGGAAUUAUCGAUAAAACAACAAAAAGAAAAUUAUUCGACUGUUUAUCGAGGACAAAUUCUCGGUAAAAAUGAUUUAGAGAAUUUACAGUCCAAUAUUGGAUGUCUAAUAUCAAUAAAUACAAUUAUGUCAACAUCACGUAAUGAACAUGUUGCGCGUGAAUAUAUAUCUGGUGCUGAAGUUGGAAUUAUAUUUGAAAUUGACACUAUAAGUGCAAAUGAUAAUAUUCUUCAUCCACGUGCUGAUAUUUCUCAGUUUAGCUCAAUGUCAGAUGAAGAAGAAAUUUUAUUCUUUGCCGGUGCAGUUUUUCGUAUUAAUUCUGUACAAAAAGAAAAUGAUUCCACAUGGAUUAUUAAACUUACUCUAAGUAACGAAACAGCCGAACAGAUGGAACAACUAAUGGAUGGUAUCAAAGAGCAGUUCACUUCUAUAACAUGUUGGCAUCAUUUUUUUAUGAAAAUAGAUGAUUGGACUUUGUUCGGAAAAUAUUAUAAAAUAUUAACACAAAAAUCAGCUUCAUGGAAGGAUAUAAUGACAGAUGUGUACGGCGUUAAUUUAUAUUAUCUAUUUAGCAUUUUAGGUGAUUACGAAAAAGUUACAGAAUACUACAAAGAACUUUUAUUCAAUGAAAAAUUUAUUGAUUAUCCAAAACGUAUUAUUCUUAACAUUAUGAUUGGUUAUAAUUACUUUCAUCUUUUUCAAUAUGAUAAUGCUUUAUUUCACUAUGAUAUUGCACUUUCAUCAUUAGAUGAUAACAAUAAAUUAAGAGGUGAAAUUUAUAUUCAUAUUGGUGAUGUAUGGAGAGUAAGAGAUAAUGUUGAAACUGCAUUAUCAUAUUAUAAAAAAUCAUUAGAAAUUUUUAUGAGUCAAGAUGUUCAUCCUCGUGAUGUGGCUAAACUAUGUAGAAAAGUAUCUGAUAUCUAUCUAGAACAAAAUAAUUAUGAAGAUGCCAUUAUUUAUCAGGAACAAGCAGAUCUAAUUGAUGAGAAUUAUAGACAAAGAUCAGAAUUUGAUACCGAAACAUCAUUGAAAUAUUUUCAAAAUCAAUUAGAUAAUCAACCGGGUCUUUCACAAUUUCAACGUGCCAAUACGUUAUAUUCAAUCGGUCUAUGUUUUAUUAAGAAAAGUGACUAUUCUCAAGCAUUAGAAAAGCUUUUACAAGCAAAAGAAUUGUUUGAAAACGAUUUACCAUCAUACGAUAAUUUUGCCCAUAUAUUUGUUACACUCUUUAAUAGUAUUGCAUUGGUUUAUGCACUGUUGAAGGAUAAUUUCAACGCAUUGAUUAUGUUGAAAAAGGCUAGUGACAUACAAAUGUGUUUUCCUUCAUCUUAG